UUGAUUCGAAUCGGUUCGAAUCGGUUCGAACCGAUUCGAGUCGAUUCGAACCGAUUCGAACCGAUUCGAGUCGAUUCGAACCGAUUCGAACCGAUUCGAACCGAUUCGAACCGAUUCGAACCGAUUCGAAAAAAAUUUUUGUUAGCUACCCGCUUGACUCUUGUUAGCUACCCGCUUGAUUCGAUCCGAUUCGAGUCGAUUCGAGUCGAUUCGAGUCGAUUCGAACCGAUUCGAGUCGAUUCGAACCGAUUCGAACCGAUUCGAGUCGAUUCGAACCGAUUCGAACCGAUUCGAACCGAUUCGAACCGAUUCGAACCGAUUCGAAAAAAAUUUUUGUUAGCUACCCGCUUGACUCUUGUUAGCUACCCGCUUGAUUCGAUCCGAUUCGAGUCGAUUCGAGUCGAUUCGAACCGAUUCGAGUCGAUUCGAACCGAUUCGAACCGAUUCGAGUCGAUUCGAACCGAUUCGAACCGAUUCGAACCGAUUCGAACCGAUUCGAACCGAUUCGAAAAAUUUUUGUUAGCUACCCGCUUGACUCUUGUUAGCUACCCGCUUGAUUCGAUCCGAUUCGAGUCGAUUCGAGUCGAUUCGAGUCGAUUCGAGUCGAUUCGAGCCGAUUCGAGCCGAUUCGAGUCGAUUCGAGCCGAUUCGAAUCGAUUCGAAUCGAUUCGAAUCGAUUCGAAUCGAUACGAGGCAUUUUUUUUAAUUUUUUCUGGGUGGUUAUUCGAGUCUGGGUGGUUAUUCGAGUCUAUUCGAGUCGAUUCGAGUCGAUUCGAGUCGAUUCGAGCCGAUUCGAGUCGAUUCGAGCCGAUUCGAGCCGAUUCGAGUCGAUUCGAGCCGAUUCGAAUCGAUUCGAAUCGAUUCGAGGCAUUUUUUUAA